AUGAGGGUCGGGCCAUCGAUCGCCGUCCGCAUCGACUACGCUGGCUGCCUUGGAAACGCGUCCCAACACGGCCUUCCUCUGCAUCGUCCGUCGUCCUCCGUCCAUGCAUUCCGUGUUUUGGAGUCUGUGGGGAAACGAGAGGACUCAGGGAUGGCAGGCUCGCCGUCGAGCAUGAACCGCUAUGUGACGCUCAGCACGCUCGGGGAUGGCACUUACGGGUCGGUCGUGCUCGGGCAGCGGGUGGACACGGGGGAGAAGGUCGCCAUCAAGAAGUAUCAGAGGGUGUGCACCCUCGGGGAUGGCACCUACGGGCAGGUGGUGCUCUAUCGCCGCCUUGACACUGGCGAGAAAGUCGCCAUUAAAAGGAUGAAACGGAAGUAUUACUCCUGGGACGAAGCGAUGAACCUCAGGGAAGUGAAGAGCCUGAAGAAGCUGAGCCAUGCGAACGUGGUGAAGCUGAAGGAGGUGAUCCGCGAGAACGACAAUCUCUACUUUGUCUUCGAAUACAUGAAAGAGAAUCUCUACCAGCUCAUCAAGUCGAGGGACAAGAUGUUCCCGGAAGCGACGAUAAGGAACAUGCUGCUCCAAGUACUUCUCGGCCUCGAAUUCAUGCACAAGCACGGCUUCUUCCACCGGGACAUGAAGCCGGAGAACCUGCUGUGCAUGGGGCCGGAGCUGGUCAAGAUCGCGGAUUUCGGCCUGGCGAGGGAGAUCCGGUCGAGGCCGCCGUACACCGACUACGUCUCGACUCGGUGGUACCGAGCCCCCGAGGUGCUUCUCCGCUCGACGAGCUACAGCAGCCCGAUCGACAUCUGGGCCGUGGGCUGCAUCAUGGCCGAGCUCUACACGUUCAGGCCGCUCUUCCCCGGCUCGAGCGAGAUCGACCAGAUCUUCAAGAUCUGCUCCGUGCUGGGGACGCCGGACGAGAGGGAGUGGCCCGAGGGUCACCAACUGGCGAAGGCGAUGAACUUCACGUUCCCGACGUUCUCGCCCACGCCGCUGCACAAGAUCGUUCCUCAGGCCUCGUCCGAGGGCGUGAGGAUCAUGGAGGAGAUGCUGAGGUACAACCCGACGCACCGGCCCAGCGCUCAGAAUUGCAUCAGGCAUCCGUACUUCAAGGUCGGAGGGUCGAGACUUCAAGGCGGGGAUUCCAUGACCAAGAGGUCCGUGUCCAUGAGGCGGUACAGCGAGGAGCCGGACGAGGAAUUCGACAGCAUCGCCAGGAAGGUGCCGGCGGGUCCGGCGUACGUGAAGAGCCAGACGGUGCCGGGGCCUUUCGGGUCUGCGAAGCAGCGAUACCUCAACAAUUCCCGAUACGUUGCGGGGCAGAACACGAAGCUCGCCAUCAGUAAUAGCAGAUUACGGGACUCCAGUGAGCAUUUCGCAUUCCUCGAGCCGUGA